AUGGCCAAGAAGUUCGUGCCCCGGCAGAGGAAGCACAAGGUCCUCGCCCGGCAAAAGGCACAGCACGAGUCCACCUCUACCGCUGAGGACGGAGCGACGCUCGAUCCGCAUGCCGCUGCGGCCGCCGAAAAGCAGCCUGGCGACAGCAAUGCGCUGGAGGUCCUCCCGGAGGUGCAAAAGGCCGCGCAGGAGGCCCGGCGGGCCCAGCUGAGACAGCAGCUCCAGGGCGACGCCAAGAUCAGCAGCAAGAAGGCCAAGAGGCUCGAAAAGUACAUCGACACGAAGCUCAAGAAGGACGAGAACCGCGUGCUCCUCGCAAAGCUCGCCGACCAGAAGAUCGAUACUAGCCUGUACGCCAGCAGCAGGAGCCUGGGACAGACCAAGGAGACGAAGCGCCAGGCUCUCAGCCGGGCGUUGCGGGAGCGCCAGGCAGGCAUCGCAGGCGAAGGGAAUGACGAGCUGCUCUUCGAGACUCGUGAUGAGGCUCCGUCCGACUUGUCCGAGGAGGAGGAGCAAGGGGACGAACUUCAGGGCACCGUGACAUUGAAGAACAAUAAACCGGUGGUAUCGCAACAAACCAAGGCCCCAGGAGCUGAGAAAGCUACGGUCGAAGAGCCCCAAGCAGACCCGUCUGUGGCAACGGCACCAUCACUAGGAUCUGGCCUGAAGCGGCCCCUAGACCUAGACGAUGAAGGUCGGCCGGUACUUCAGAAGCGUCAGAAGAGAGGCGGCGUCAAGUCAAAGGUGUCCUUGCGAUCCCAACCCACACCGCCCCAGUCAGCUUCUGAGUCCGAGGAGGAAGAGUGGGGUGGCUUCAGCUCCGCUGAAGAAGAAGAGGAUGUGGAUAUGUCAGAACAUAGCGGCUCAGACGAUGCCUCGGAUGCUGAGGCUGGCUCAUCCGCCGAGGGGGACACAUCUAGUGAAGAAGACGACUCAUCUGGUGAAGAUGAUGACGAAGACGAAGACGAGGACGAGGCCCCAGACACAAAACAACGAUCGUCCGCAUUCAAGGCGUGGGCGCAUGAGCAGCGCAACGAAGCGCUCGGCUACCAACCUGUAGAGAACGGCGCUGGUGUGCUAGAUAUUCCGGUGCCGAAAGACUUCAAGCCGCGACCAAUCGAGCAGGACCCCCUACCACAAGAACUUUUGCCAACUCAGAACACUGCGAGAAAGGCAUACAGCGUCCCUGUCGUGAGAACGCCGGAGAUUCAAGCUGCGCGCCUCGAGCUUCCCGUGGUCGGCGAGGAACAGAAGCUCAUGGAAGCGAUUCACAACAACAAUGUCGUCGUCGUGUGUGGUGCGACCGGUUCUGGCAAGACGACACAAGUGCCGCAGUUUCUGUUCGAAGCUGGAUAUGGAUCUCCAAACUCCCCUACACCCGGUCUGAUUGGUGUCACUCAGCCCAGGAAAGUCGCCGCGGUCAGUAUGUCCAAACGUGUUGGACAGGAACUCGGAGACAGAUCCGAUACUGUCGCUUACCAGAUCCGUUUCGAGGGAACGACGGACGACAAGACCGCCAUCAAGUUCAUGACAGAUGGUGUCUUGCUCAGGGAAGUGGCGAGCGACAUCUCGCUCAUCAAGUACUCAGCCAUCAUCAUCGACGAAGCCCACGAACGGAGCGUUAACACGGAUAUCCUCAUUGGCAUGUUGAGCAGGGUUGUAAAGUUAAGAGAGGAGAUGGCGGAAGAGAACCCCAAGAUCAGCCCCCUCAAGCUCAUCGUCAUGUCUGCCACCUUCAGGGUAGACGAUGUUACGAAAAACCCCAUGUUGUUCCAAACUCCACCUCCGAUAUUGAACGUGGAAGGCAGGCAGCAUCCUGUCACUGUCCACUUCGCACGCCAGACGAAGCACGACUACGUGGAGGAGGCUUUCAGGAAGAUCACAAGGGGACACCAGAAGCUUCCCCCGGGAGGUUUCCUUGUGUUCCUGACUGGCCACGACGAGAUUGUGAGACUGAGCAAGAAGCUGAAGCAAGCAUCCGGCGGACUCAAUCCAGUGGCAUAUCCGAAGGUCCGUAUCUCUGCGACGGAGGCGCCGCUCGAGGUAGAAGACAUUGAUUUCGGCGAGGUCAACGACUUCACCGGCGCGGAUGACGAUGGCGUUCCGUUCGACUCUGAUGCAGAGGAUGAGGACGAAGACGACGGCAUGUUUGACAUUCCAGACGAGACCAGUGGUGGUCCUCUCAAGAUGCACAUCCUGCCUCUAUACUCGUUACUCCCGACACGAGAGCAAAUGAGGGUGUUUGAGGAGCCACCAGAGGGUAGUCGGCAGAUCAUUCUCGCCACAAACGUUGCGGAGACGAGUUUGACAAUACCCGGCAUACGCUACGUCUUUGACUGUGGCAGGGCCAAAGAGCGCAAGUACAACCGGGACAAUGGAGUGCAAAGCUACGAGAUUGGCUGGAUCAGCAAAGCCAGCGCCAACCAACGGUCUGGUCGUGCUGGUCGUACAGGACCUGGUCACUGCUACAGACUGUACUCAUCCGCAGUCUACGAGCGUGACUUUGCGCCCUUUGCCGAGCCAGAACUCUUGCGCAUGCCCAUUGAGGGUGUUGUGCUCCAGCUGAAGGCCAUGCGCCUCCAGCACGUCGUAAACUUCCCGUUCCCGACUCCACCGGACCGCCACAGCAUUGCGAAAGCCGAGCAAUUACUACAAUACCUGUCUGCGAUCACAGAUACCGGAAGUGUAACACAGAUUGGCACGACCAUGUCCAAGUUCCCGCUGCCACCGCGCUUCGCGCGGAUACUGCUGAUCGGGCACUUGCACGACUGUCUGCCUUACACUGUUGCGCUUGUUGCUGGCCUUUCCGUGGCAGAGGUCUUCAUCCCGGAAAGCCAGGCCAUUCCAGCUAUCGCGCAAACCGAGGAUCGCCUGCGCACAAAUGAGGACAUUGCGGCAGAGAACCGCCAAAGCCUUGCCCGCAAGAAGUUCAAUGAAGUACACCGCAACUUCAAGUCGCUGGACGACGCAUCAGAUGCUAUCAAGCUUCUCCAGGUUGUCGGCGAGUUUGCGCACGAUCCGACCGAGCAGUGGUGCGAGGACCACUUUGUGCGGUUCAAAUCGCUCCAGGAGACGCAGAAACUUCGCAAGCAAAUCACCAGCCUCUUGCAAAAGGACAUCCCCGCAUUCGCAAACCUCACCUACAGGGACAAGCUCGACCGGCCGUCCUCCAAGCAGAUCACGGCGCUCAAGCAGAUGGUCGCGGCGGGCUUCAUAGACCAGGUCGCGAUCCGCGCCGACCUGGCGCCCGUGCCGCCCGAGGUCCACCGCAAGCCGAAGCGCGCCAUCGAUGUCCCCUACCUGCCCCUGAAGCCGCUCGAGGGCAGCUCCCGCAGCGACGACAUUGUCGACAAGGCCGUCUUCAUCCACCCGUCCUCGUGCCUCGCGCACCAGAGCCUGCAGGAGCUCCCGGACUACAUCAUCUACUCGAACCUGCAGCGCGCGGCGCCGUCGCCGGAGAUGCUCAAGAAGCCCAAGACGCGCAUGAUUGCGCUGACGGACAUUACGGGCGCGCAGCUCGCGGCGCUGGCCAAGGGCACGCCGCUCAUCGAGUACGGCAAGCCGAUCAAGGAGGUCAAGGUGGAGCCUGGGCAGACGACGCGCGAGUGCUGGGUCGUGCCGUACCUGCGGUCGGAGAGCGCGGGCGGCGGUAUGGGCUGGCCGUUGCCGGCGAGGAAAGUCAGGCAGAAGAAGGUCCCUGGGAAGGGUUGGGUUGUGGAGUAG